AGUUAUCACUUGUCUAGGCUCAAGCUGUUUGCUGUACUUGUAAAUUGUUGUUAUUCUCGAACUUUUCUUCAGUGAGAAAAAUAAAUUGACCCUUGAAAGUAUAUCAGAAAAGCAUAGAAAUGGUAAAAAUAGCUCUGCAAAUCAAAGCGUCCUUAGAAUGCAUAGAAAAAUUAUACACAAACCAUCCUUAUUACCAAUGGUUCUUGAAAUUAAAGUGUGGAAGUUGUGGCGAGGUUACCGACAAGUUUCACGAUCUUACUGAAGCUGAAAAAGUUCCGCAGAAACACAAUAGGUCUGAGACAAACUUGCUUAUUAAAUGUAAACUAUGUUCGAGGGAGAAUAACAUUGAUGUGAUCGAAGGAAGCAAUGGUGUACUAACAAGUGAUGAUGGAAACAAAUUUAAGACAUUAGUUAUAUUUGACUGCCGAGGAGUGGAACCUGUAGAUUUUGAGCCAAAGUCAGGAUGGAUUGCUGAAUCAGAAAAUGAUGGUAAAAAAUUUGAAGAUGUCGACUUGUCAGAAAAAGAAUGGGCCGACUAUGACGAGAAAAAUCAGACUUCCGUUGGAGUGUAUGAGCUAGAGUGGCAAUUUAUUAAAGUCAAGUAAAAUUUACUUUAAGUAUCAUAAUCGUUUAUGCAUUUGUUAUUUAAUAAAUAUUUUUUUUUAUUAU